UUUGUUUAAUGGGCAUAUGAUGUCAUCAUAAAACAAAACAUGGACUAAUCAGACCAUGUAACCUUUUACCAUUAAUCCAGAGUCCACUUUUCUUCUUCAAAUCACAAAGAAGCCUUGAGAAAAAUCACAUUUAAAUCAAAAAGUUAAUAUUGUUGAGUGUAAAUAAAAUAUUGCUUGUUCAUUGUGUUUUUGUAUUCUUUGAAAAUUACAUUGGCACGUCUGCACUGCCAGGUCUGUUUAACAGAAGAAUGUGAACACCUGGCUAUGAUGCUUGCUUGGCAUUUUCUUUUGAUCUCCCUGUGGUGGGCGGAGCCUGUUGCCUGUUGGAUGUCACUCUACCGGUGCAACAGGUUGGCCAAGCAGAGAAAGCCCUGAUCUGGGAAAAGACACAUUCUUUUCCUUGUGUCUGGUGAAGUGUUUGUCUUGAUUCAGUUUAUGGCUCACUUCUGGAAAGUACACUCAUUUUCGCUCCUGACUUCCUCCUCAGAGACAAGCCCUUCAUUGUGAGCUCAAAGGUUUGUUUGAGUUCUCUGAGAUUUCCCAGUAGAGCUAUGAUGUCAACUCACACAGUAAUUACAGUCUCUACUGUAAUGAAGAAUAAUAUGGUGAGUCUCCAUAAUUAGAAUGGAAACAAAAACCUCUAUUAACCCCAGAGGUUAAGAAAGAUGCUCAUAUGGAUCUGUUGCAGAACUGUCAUGGCUUCUCAGAUCUAGCAGCAGUUUGAAUUUGAGGUGAAGCUUAUUGUUACAGUUAGUUAAUAAUGUUGCUCACCAAUGUGCUCACUUCUGUGUGUACGUGUGACAUAAAGCAGGUGAAUUCCACCUCUGGUGUGUCUACCUGGGGAAUGUGGAUGGAGGACUUCCUUGUAGGAGCUGGGAGGAGACUAAUGAAGAGGCCAGUUUCUUUUCCUCACACUUCCAUGUGAGCACAGUGUUGUGCACAGCAGGCACACAGGGAGCAGACACCAGGACUGCCAGGACCAUUUCAAGCUCUCAUUCUUAUUUGAAAGUCUCUGCUGCUCAGAAUGCCUUACACCGAGUUGCUGCGGCUCUGGAAUGAAUCUGUGCAGGCAGUGGAUGCCAAAGACUGGGAAGGAGCUCUGGCAAAGCUCCAGCAGAUCCCGGAGCAGACUUCUCGCACACACUUCAACGCCGCCUCGGCCCACCUGGCUCUGGGACAGCUGGACAUGGCUCUCAGGUGUUUAGACCUCACCAUUGCCAAGGAUGAGCGGCUUGCUGUUGCCUUCUUCCAGAGAGCAGCCGUGAUGCUGCAGAUGGACAGGUCGGAGGAGGCUCUGUCAGACUGUAUCUGGGCGCAGGAGCACAUGAGAGGGAACGCCGUCAUUGACUACAGACAGCUGGGACUGAGAUACAAACUCUACUACUGGCAGAUAUUAUAUAAUACAGCAGCUGCGUAUUGUCGGAUGGGCCAAUGGGAGUCAGCCAUGGACAAGCUGGUGUCAGCCACUCAGGACAGAGGACAAGGACGAGGGGGAAAUAUUGAGGUGGCUUUGAAGAGCGUUGAAAGGAGGGAGGUCCUGGACCCUCUGCUGGUACCAGUGGGGUCAGUGUUUCGUCCCAGAAAACAAGAAAUUGAGCAACUGCACCAAAGAGACUUCCUGGGGAAGGCGAAGGUGAUUUCUUCUAUGAUUCCUAAUGAUGAUUUUGGAGGCUUUGAACCUCUGAGGCAGCAGAAGCCUGGUUUCUAUGAGCCUAAGACAGAUGGUGUCCAGGAGUCCCGAUACAUGCGUGUGCGGGCUCCUUACAUGGCUCGGGGCCCAGGACAGCUGACCGUCCCCGGAGGCUCCAUGGUGUUUUUAUUUGGAGAGGAGGACAGAGAUGGAAUGAUCAAUGUCAUCCAUGAUGGAAAGAGAGGACUGCUGCCAGUGUCGCUCCUUGAACCUGCAAAAGUCAAGAAAUCUAAGAAGGAGAAUCGCGUCCCCAGUGGGAUCCCCCUCCCUCCAGAAGACAAGCCACCGAGUCGCCCAGAGACUCUGCCAAGAUCUAUGGUUCCUCCUCAAGUGAGUCCAUCCACAGAAACUCCAUGUCCAUCCUACAACAAUGCCACCCACACAAAGCCACCAGCCUCAGGGCCCCCCAGGUACACGGCCAACGCAGCAAGCAACAAGGCUGGCUCCCCUCAGCGAGCAGAGGAGGGAUCUUUGGUGGUGAAGGUUCACUACACCUACAACUUAGCUCUGUCCAUCCCUCUGGACACACCUUACCACAAGCUGAAGGAGCGAAUCGCAGAGAAAGUGGGCCAAUCAGCAUCUCAGCUGCGGCUCAGACAUAAACAGUCUGGGUCCAGAGUUCUCUUGCCUCUGCCUGGAGAGGAGGAGUCGGGACACACAGUUCAGGAACUGGCUCAGGCUGGGAGAGUCACCCUGUGGUGCCAGAGGGAAGACCCCCUGGCAAACCGUACUAUCCUCUACCAGAUGGUGGCGCUGUAUGACUAUGCUGCUGAGGGCCCUGAGGACUUAGAAUUCAGUGAAGGAGACACCAUUGAUAUCCUGACUGAAGUAAACCAGGAAUGGUUGGAGGGACACUGUGCAGGGAACAUCGGCAUCUUCCCGAGCUCCUUUGCCUACAAGGAGAACAAAAGCAUAAUUCAAGACUGAAAGUAGAUGUCAAUCAAUGCAGUUGUCUCUAAUAAAUUCAUAAACCUGUAAAAAGCAGGCCCUGUGCUAACUUCAUGUUCAGUUAAAUUAUUUAAGUCUAAUAUUGUACAACUUUCUAACUGUUGUGGCCUCUGAGGCUCACUGUGAAUCUGUACAUCUUUAAUCUCAAGGUGAUCAAUAUAUGAUGAUCAUAGUUUGUCUGAAGCAAAUGUGUCACAUGGUUGAUACUCUGGAAAACGGACAAGUGAGCCCAGACGUCCAUCCCUGUUAUCUAUGAUUGGUAUAUUUAUAUUAAACCUAUUGUACAGUUUUCCUUCAUUGAAAUUACACUACUGAAAACUCAAAUCAUUAGGUAUUUUCUCAGUUUUAAGCCAUGUGAGUCAAUGUGUUUGAAUGUUUUUUUUUUGUUUGUUUGUUUUUUUCUGAAAAAUAUUAAACUUGUCUGAGAAACUUCACUAUCUUCUAUUUCUUUAGAAACAGGUAUUUAACACAGGUUGCUGUACUUUCAGAUUCUCCAUCUAAUUUGCUGCUCUAACUGAACAUUUAUUUUGUGUUUUUUUUCUCACUGAAGAUGGAGAGCUUAUCACCUUUUUACUUAUGGAGGCCCCUAG